AUGAUGACGGAUACGAAGAAACAGAAGAAAUACGCUCUGAUCGGUACAGGCGGCCGCUCCUCAUUCUUCUACACUGCAAUAGCAACAACGUACAAGACAACCUCUGCAAUUGUAGCUUUAUGCGACACAAACCAAACACGGCUCGACUAUGCAAACUCCCAGCUUCAGUCCCUCGGGCAUGUCCAAGUGCCUACAUUCAAAGCGCAAGACUUUGACCGCAUGAUCCAGGAGACACAGCCCGACGAAGUCAUCGUCACAACCAUUGACCGCACACACAACAAGUACAUUGUACGCGCGCUCGAACUCGGCUGCAACGUUGUGACUGAGAAGCCCAUGACCAUCGAUGCGCCGCGGUGCCGGGAAAUCUUCGAUGCCGUCGAGCGCACCGGCGGAAAAGUACGAGUAACAUUCAACUACCGAUACGCACCACACAACACUAAAGUAUGGGAGCUACUACGGAGUGGUGCCAUCGGAACCGUAACCAGCAUUCAUUUCGAGUGGAUGCUAAAUACCUCUCACGGUGCCGACUACUUCCGGCGUUGGCAUCGCGAUAAACGAAACUCGGGAGGACUGCUGGUGCACAAGUCUACCCACCACUUCGACCUGGUAAAUUUUUGGCUGCAGUCGCGCCCUGAAACCGUAUAUGCGCAAGGCGACCUGCGCUUCUAUGGGCGCGAGAACGCAGAAGCCAGAGGCACGACCGCGUUUUAUGCCCGCGCCCACGGAAGCAAGGUAGCCGCCGCUGAUCCGUUUGCGCUGCACAUGGAACAGAAUGAAAAGUUACGCCACAUGUACCUGGAUGCCGAGCACGAAGAUGCAUAUUAUCGAGAUCAGUCGGUGUUUGGAGACGGCAUCAGCAUUGAAGAUACAAUGUCGUUGUUGGUACGGUACCGCAGCGGCGCAGUGCUUACAUACUCGCUCACGGCGUAUGCGCCGUGGGAAGGAUUCCGCGUCUCGUUCAACGGGACAGGAGGGCGUCUGGAAAUGGAGGUUGUAGAGAAUAGCUAUGUGAACAGCGGGGGUGCCCAGUCUCUCGAGGGCAGUCUCGAGUCCAGAAGUAUCACGCUGAGAAAGCUAUUCGAGAAGCCUGUCGACGUGGAGAUUCCGGAGAGUGUCGGGGCUCAUGGGGGCGGCGAUGAAGUUUUGCUGGCUGAUUUGUUUGGAGAAGGGGGUGCGGAGAUUGAUGGGGAUAUGAGGGCUGCGAGCCAUGUUGAUGGUGCGUUGAGCAUACUCACUGGUAUAUGCGGGAACAAGAGUAUGGCGACGGGACAGGUCGUUAGAGUCAGUGAUGUUUUUGACCUAUGA